AUCGAUCGCCCCAUAUAUACCUUCAAAGAUAAAAAUGAACCUUGUUUCAUGGAUUCUCUUUUUCGCUUUCAUGCUUGCUGGAUCAACCUCAGCAGAACAAUGCGGAAUGCAAGCUGGGGGUGCCCUAUGUCCGAAUGGGCUAUGUUGUAGCCAAUGGGGGUGGUGUGGCAACACGGCUGCCUACUGUGGAACUGGCUGUCAGAGCCAAUGCCCUACUUCUCCUCCUCCACCUCCCAUCGUCCCAACCCCACCCCCACCCCCACCCCCAAGCUCAGCAGAACAAUGCGGAAAGCAAGCUGGGGGUGCCCUAUGUCCGAAUGGGCUAUGUUGUAGCCAAUGGGGUUGGUGUGGAAACACGGCUGACUACUGUGGAACUGGCUGUCAGAGCCAAUGCCCUUCUCCUCCUCCUCCUCCACCUCCCAUCGUCCCAACCCCACCCCCACCCCCAAGCCCUACACCCAGUGGCGACGAUGUUAGCAGCAUCAUCACCUCGUCUCUUUUCGACAAACUGCUCCCAUAUAGGAAUGAUCCCAGAUGCGAAGGUAAUGGGUUCUACAAUUAUGAUGCUUUCCUUGCUGCUGCACGAUCUUUUACUGGCUUUGGCACUACUGGUGAUGUUGAUACGCGUAAAAGGGAGAUUGCUGCUUUCUUGGGUCAAACCUCUCAUGAAACCACAGGAGGGUGGGCAACUGCACCAGGUGGUCCAUUUGCAUGGGGAUAUUGCUUUAUUACGGAGAGAAACAAACUUGUGUAUUGUAGUCCCAGUGCAGAAUGGCCAUGCGUUCCAGGCAAACAAUACUAUGGCCGUGGACCCAUUCAACUCACUUGGAACUACAAUUAUGGGCAAGCAGGUGAAGCCCUUGGAUAUGAUCUCCUAAGUAAUCCGGAUCUGGUAGCCACAGACCCGAUCUUAUCAUUCAAGGCAGCCAUAUGGUUUUGGAUGACGCCGCAAGGAAACAAGCCAUCCAGCCACGAUGUUAUAAUCGGAAAAUGGGUACCUUCUGCCGCGGACAUAUCCGCAGGUCGACUUCCAGGCUACGGUGUCAUCACCAACAUAAUCAACGGUGGGCUCGAAUGCGGGCAUGGUUUCGAUGCUAGAGUGGCUAAUAGGAUCGGGUUCUAUAUGACUUACUGUGACGAAUUUGGAGUAAGCUAUGGUGACAACUUGGAUUGCUAUAAUCAACGCUCUUUUGCCUACGGCGCUGCUAUCCACAUGCCUGUAAAAUAUUUAAAAAACAAUAUAAUGUAAUUGCAGGUUGGUUUUCUUGUACGUCUAAUGAGAAAGCUACUAAAAUUACAUGGUUUUUAGUGUAAAAGGUAUUCUCCUACCAAAAAUGAAGAUUAUGAAUAAAAUUAGAGGUAUCGUGGCUCUUCUUUGAGAAAAAA